GGGUCAAUCACUGCAGGGUUGACGUCAGUUGUCCUCGGGUCUGAGGCUGCGCGGCUGUCAGAGUUCCCACGGUGCUGCUGUCUCCGCGACCGCCGUGGCCGCCGCUGUCUCCGCUGUGCUGACCGCCGCAGCACUGUGGUUUUUGUCACAUCUUGUAAAGUCAUGGAAGAGGACUUCCAGAACUGCUUCAGAAGGUGGCAUGAGUGAUGGCACGGGUGGGCACAAAUCGAGGGGAGGAUUUUGCAUUGGAUUCACAGCAGCGAAUCUCUGCCAUAUGACGUGCUGAAUUCACAUGUUCACAUUAUCUUUGCUCACCCCUUAUCCAGCACUUUCCUGUCGCAUCUCCACCCUGCACAUACAGAGAUAGCCUGGCCUGCAGAGCCACAGAUAUUCACUGUCAAGUCUUUUACAGAAUUUUAACUGAUCUCUACUUAGAGGAAGGCUUCCCGGGAGGCCUGAAUGCAGCCAGCUGGUUGGACUUCAAGGUGCAGAAUGUUCUGGAAAGCAGCCACGCUGCUCAGCCUGGUCCUGGGCUCUGGAGCUGUGCCCAUCAGUGUAGAUGACGACCCCGAAGAUGGUGGCAAGCACUGGGUGGUCAUUGUCGCGGGUUCCAACGGCUGGUACAAUUAUAGGCACCAGGCUGAUGCGUGCCACGCCUACCAGAUCAUUCACAGAAAUGGGAUUCCAGAUGAGCAGAUUGUUGUGAUGAUGUAUGAUGACAUUGCCAACUCUGAGGAAAACCCCACUCCAGGUGUUGUGAUCAACAGGCCCGACGGCUCGGAUGUGUACGAGGGAGUACUGAAGGAUUACACGGGAGAGGAUGUGACCCCAGAAAACUUCCUUGCGGUGCUGAGAGGUGAUGCAGAGGCAGUGAAAGGCAAGGGGUCUGGAAAAGUCCUGAAGAGCGGGCCCCGGGAUCACGUGUUUGUUUACUUCACCGAUCAUGGAGCACCUGGGUUACUGGCUUUUCCUAAUGAUGAUCUCCACGUCAAGGACCUAAACAAGACCAUCCGUUACAUGUACAAGCACCAGAUGUACCAGAAGAUGGUGUUCUACAUUGAAGCCUGUGAGUCCGGCUCCAUGAUGAACCACCUGCCCCAGGACAUCAACGUUUAUGCAACUACUGCCUCCAACCCCAGCGAGUCGUCCUACGCCUGCUACUAUGAUGAGAAGAGGUCCACAUAUCUGGGUGACUGGUACAGCGUCAACUGGAUGGAAGACUCGGACAUGGAGGAUCUGAGCAAGGAGACACUCCACAAGCAGUACCAGCUGGUGAAAUCCCACACCAACACCAGCCACGUCAUGCAGUAUGGGAACAAGUCCAUCUCUGCCAUGAAAGUAAUCCAGUUUCAGGGAGUGAAGCAUAAAGCCAGUGCCCCAAUUUCCCUGCCUCCGGUCACACGGCUUGACCUUACUCCAAGCCCAGAAGUGCCCCUGGAGAUCAUGAAGAGGAAGCUCAUGAGCUCCAAUGACUGGAGGGAGUCCCAGAUGCUCAUGAAACAGAUCCAGCAGCAUCUGGAUGUUCGGCACAUCAUGGAGAAGUCCGUACGCAAGAUCGCCUUCUUGCUGGCCGAGUCCGAGGCUGAGACCGAGACGCUUCUGUCUGAGAGAGCCCCGCUCACGGAAUAUGACUGCUACAAGGAGGUGGUGACGUACUUCCGCACACACUGCUUCAACUGGCACUCGGCCAAGUACGAGUAUGCCCUGAGACACUUGUACGUCCUGGCUAACCUGUGUGAGAAGCAUCCAACUGACAGGAUAAAGUCGUCCAUGGACAAGGUGUGCCUUGGUUACUACUGAGCAACUGCCUUCUCGAUGCUUCUCCAGGUGUGACACUGUCACUUAAAAUGUGCCACCCAGAGGCAGUGGAGGUGGGGCCAGCGGGAAGCCAGGCAGCUCAGGCCCACCAGGGACUGUGGUCAGGCUGCCCAGCCUCCCCCAGGCCUCUGUCAUAAGAUACUGGCCCCCUCCUAUCCAGUCUCCAGGAUGUAUGAGAAGCGCCAAAGAAGCCACGGUCGCGUGGGCAAAGCACUACUGAGCAAGGGCCUGUUUUUCUUAAGAGCUUUUUCUGCCCAUUAGUUUUCAAGACCAAGAGGCUCAUGGGGGCUUCUGUAGCCAGUGAGGGAAUCUUUGUUCUGAGAAAUUUGAAGCUGAAACCUCUUUGAAGUCUUCAGAUGAUUUUAUUGAAGAGGGCUGUAAGCCCUCAAAUGGAAAAUUAUUUUUAGAAAAUAUACUUUCAAUUGCUUUUGUAUUUUAUUUUGCAAUAAU